UCACCCGAGCCUCGCCAUCGACCUCCCUUUUCUCGUUAUCAUUUUACAUGCGGGGGGGAAAAAAAAACCCGUUAUACAUUUCAUUGCUCAUUAUCAUUUCGCCGUUGCGUCUCGCUGCACAAGGUUCUCGUUCUCUUGCUCGCGUCUCUUAGCCGCUGCACUUAUUUUCUUUUUUCCUUCGUAAAGUUCGUAAUAGAAUGUUUUUUUUUUAAAGCAGCAGGGAUUGUAAAAGUUACUACGAAAGAGAAAAAAACGAUUUUAUGAAGCAGCAUAAUCUUACGUGUGCUAUAUUUUUAUAGAUAAUUAUUGUUAUCGGCUUUCCUAACUUUUGAAAUGACAAACGCGUGUUGUAGUUGCAUUCAAUACACAUAAAUAAUCUGUAAUUACUCUACAAGACAGACUAAUUGUCAUUGUCAUUCCGUGGCUUCGGGAUGAAAAAUGCGUUCUAUUUUCCCGUGAACUCGGCGUUCUAAACUUAAACGGCAUGCUUGCUCGGUAUUAAUUUUAGUAGGUCUUCGCCGGCACUCACCGCGCGAGUCGCAUAUUUGCUUACCCGCGCGAGGAGACGAGGUACCGGAAAAACAACCAGCAGCGAAAUGCCUGGUUAACGUAACGACACUGUACUCUUUCGUGCUUGCAGAAUGUGUCAAGAUGACAUCUAUCUCCUCUUUAUGUGGCAUCGUCGUUAUCCUGCUCUGCAGUCCGAUCGCGUAUACAUGCGAGGAGGACAAGAUACAGGAGUUGAGUAUGUCUUUUACUCGACACCCGCAGCCUCUGGCCGCUCCGUUAAAUGACGACGUGAACUUCGAGUGUAGCCUCAACAUCCCCGCGGAGCGUUUCUCUUGGCACCACCGGCCCCUGGGUUCGAACAAAUGGACACCGCCGUCCGAUUCCUACAGCAGUGCCGGUGGCAAAACGUCGCGGCUCGUUGUCACCUUUGACAACGAGUCGAAAGCCGGAGAUUAUCGUUGCGUCGCGUUUUUCGGUAUCAGUGGUUUAGCGUCGGAUCCAGCGAGACUGACGCUCGCGACGAUACAGGUAUUCUCCGACAAGAGUGACGUCUACAUUGAGGUGGCGGAGGGUAACACCGUGCCUAUCACAUGUCCCGCACCGUAUUCCGAACCGGAAGCCAUAGUGCAGUUUUACAAGGACGACAUGCCCAUCAAGGACGCGGAAUUGGUGAACGGCAGGACCAUGGUCAUCAAGAACGUCAGAACGACGGACAGCGGAUCGUACUACUGUAGCGUCAACAAUUACAUAACGCUGGUGACAUAUAUGAGCAACCAUAAGACCAUCUUGACGGUGCACGCGAACUUGACCUUCCAACCGCCGUAUCUCACCAAGCAACCGCAAACGGAGUACACGGUCCCGCGCGGCAAGAACAUCACGUUGGAGUGCUUCGGCGCAGGUUACCCACCGCCGCGCGUCACCUGGAGUCGCCUGGGCGGCUCUCUGCCCUCGAAAUCGGUGAAAUCGCCCAUCGGCUUGACGUUGGUCCACGUGCAACCGUCCGAUCGCGGGGAAUACGAUUGCGUGUGGAUCAACGACGUCCGACAAGUAAAAUCGGCGAUCAUCUUGAGGGUGGUGGAACCGCCGAGAGUCAUGAGACAGCCGAGCGCGUGUAAGUUCCACGAGGGUGGAAAAUUGCAGCUGUCGUGUAACGUGACGGGCGAGCCGCAACCGAUCGUCGAAUGGCUUAUCAACGGAGAGUCCUUGAUGCCCAGCAGGACGCAGGACUUGACAGGUUCCACCACUCUUCUUAUAUCCGAGGUCGAGAAGAAGCACGCCGGGAUCGUCCAGUGCGUCGCCAGCAACGAGUACGGAUCGCAUUCGGGGUACAACCUGUUGCAGGUUCAACCGAAGGAGCACGUUAUCGGCGGCAAGGCCGAAUCGAAGCCGGACUACGGAACCGUGCCGAGACAUAACAAGCAUACCAAGGGCGGCGGUAGAGGACGCAAUAAGUUUAAAGAAGGAAGGAGAAAAAGUGCAGCAGCGGUCUUGGUACCUCCGAAUCAGCCCAACGUCACGCGACUGUCCGACGUCUCCGUCAUGGUGCGGUGGUCGGUGCCGGAGAACAAGGGCCUGUCGAUACAAUUUUUCAAAGUCCAGUACCGAGAGAUCGGCCAGAAGAUGAACGGUAAACAGGCAAAGUGGAUGACGGCCAACUCCGAGAUACCGAAUCACGUGCGAUCCUUCGAAGUGACCGACUUGCAAUCCGAUCACACCUAUCGAUUCCGAAUCGCCGCGGUGUACUCGAAUAACGACAACAAGCUGAGCGUGAAUUCCGCGCGUUUUCACCUCAAUAGGGACACCGGUAUCGAGAGCAAUAGAAUGCCGAUACCCCUGUUGACGAACACCGAGGCGCUGGGACCGCAUCAGGUGUUGCUGGUCUGGCAGAAUCCCGACAAGUCCGUGAAAAUCGACGGGUUUUACAUAUACCAUCGGGCCUCUACCUCAGCCGGCGAUUAUCUGAAGACCACCGUCGAGGGGAAGGACGCCUUCAACAUGACCAUUUCCCACUUGCAACCCGACACCACGUACGAGUUCAAGGUCCAGAGCUUCUCCGUAGACGCGGCGUCGGAAUUCUCCCAAAUAUUACGGCAGAAAACUAAAAAGAUCGAGCAUCCGGUUCAGCAAGUGGUGGCGGAGAAUAAAUUGAGGCCGAGCGAGGGUAACAAGAACGUCAGUAUACACGUCAUAAUCGGCGGGGUGUUCGGAGCGUCGCUCAUUCUGGUCGCUCUCGCCUUCGCGGCGAGGUUCCUGUACAAGAGAGCGAAGUACAAGCAAAGCCAGGAAUCGCAGAGUGAAGGCAAACCGAUAACAAACGGACGAGUAAUGAACGGCGGAGUCACAGACUCCAAGAUUAACAUUACGUCCAAUCCGCUUGCCGGCCUCGACACGUCCGAAGAUAUAAUGCAGCCUAAGAGCGGACAACAGUCGUCGAUGGAAAUGACGUCGUUUCUAAACGGCCAAAACAACAAUGGCAGCAACAACGGCCAUAACAACGGCGACGCAGCCGGGUCUGACGUGAACGUCACGUCACAUAGCGAGCCGUCGUCCCUGCGCCAAGGGCCACUGCCUAUCGAACAACGUUUGUGAGAAUGAUCGCAGCUAUAAUCUCUGUUUUAUAGAACGGUAAGAACGCGACCCGACCCGACCCGCAUCCUCGAAGAACGGACGAUUUAACGCCGUUGAUCCUACGAACCCAAUUAACGAACUUAAUUUCGCGGGGAGGAAACGUAUGGGGUUAGUCGACACGUUAUCUCAUUGAGAAAACUUAACUUAUAGACUGUAUUUAACGUUCAGCUAUUAUCGCAACUGAUGAGACUGUUGCAAGACAUUUUACAGGGUGUCUUAAAGUAGAUAUGCUCAAAUGUAUCGCUACUGUAGAUUGGGACUGAUUUCGUGUGGGGAAAGAUGCGCGACGUCGCAGAUCUCCCGACAGAUACAACGUAUUAUUUUUUUCUUAUAUAGGAUUCGGUAUAAGCAACUAUACCGAAGUAUAGUAUUUGCGAGCAGACACUUCUCUCCGAGUCGUCCGGCUUAUCAAUUACGAAGACAGUAUUUCACAACGGUUCGAAAUAGUCCCACUUUAUAGUGCAAGUUAGAAAGUAAAAAAAAAAAACGAUCUGGUUACAUCCUACGACAUAUAUUCUCCGUCUUUCCCUUUCUUUUCGUAAGAAAAAACAUUAUUGAGACCCUUGUCCGUUAAGUAGAUGUGAAAUUCAAUUAAUGUACCUGCGAAGUAACUGAUUUAACUGUUACAUAUCUACUUAACGGUCGUUGAACUAGUGAGCACUGAACAACUGUUGUUUAGUAAUUUUUCUAUUCCCCCCCCCCUUUUUACAGUUUUCCAUCCCUUUUACAUUUCCACAUCACUUUCGAACAAGCGGAACUACUUUUUAAGAAUUUUGUAA